AAUCUUCGGUAUCUUGUCUCUCGCUCGGUAUCGUUGGCGAAGAAAGCAGUCCGAGUUCUCGUUACGGAUGCUACAGGGCCAAUUGCAGAGGAUCUCGUUGAAUUGAUCGCUAGGGGAGUGAUGCUAGGUGAUGACCAGCCUGUGAUUCUACACCUGCUUUAUCAUGAGACUAAUGUACCGGCUCUGAAAGCUCUUGAGACAGUAUUGAUGGAUUCCGUGCUACCUCUCCUUGAAGGUUUGGCUAUAACAUCCGAAGUUGAGCAGGCAUGCAAAGGUGUUGGAUUUGCAAUCCUGAUUGGAGAGAUUACAGAGAGAAAAAGAAUCUCAAUGAACAGUUUUGGAAUGUACAAGAGGCAGGCUUUAGCUUUACAAAACCAUGCAGCCGCCAAUUGCAAGGUUUUGGUCAUUGCGAAUCCUGCAGAUAAGCUUGCAUUGGUGUUGAAGGAAUUUGCACCAUCUAUUCCUCUGAAAAACAUUACUUGUCUCACUAGACCCGAUCAUAAUAGGGCCUUGAAUCAGAUUUCGCAGAGGUUGAAUGUUCGGGCUGGUGAUGUGAAAAAUGUUAUCAUAUGGGGAAAUCACUUGUCAACUCAAUAUCCUGAUGUCAAACAUGCUACGGUUAAUACACCAAUCGGUGAAUAUCUUGUGCGUGAACUCAUUAAUGAUAAUGGAUGGUUGAAUGGAGGUUUUAUUACUGAUUUCCAAAAACGCUCUGCUGAAAUUACUCGACUUCCGUGGGAUUUAAGGGCAAUAACUUUUGCCAAAGGUGCCUGCGACCACAUCCACGACUGGGUGCUUGGAACUCCAGAGGGUAAGUGGGUUUCCAUGGGGGUGUAUUCUGAUGGCUCUUACAAUGUACCUGCUGGCCUCAUCUAUUCCUUCCCGGUAACUUGUCGCAAUGGGGAAUGGACCAUCGUGCAAGGUCUUCCGCUUGAUGAGUUCUCGAGGAAGAAGAUGGAUUCGACAGUGGAAGAACUUAUGAAACAGCACUCGCUUAUGGUUGCCACUAUUGAACGCCAUAGUCGUGGGCAGUGUAGUGCUUGAAGCCCUUACCGCCGCCGUGCACAGUCCCCUUCCCCUCUCUUCUAUGUUCCGUUUGUUUAAUUUCACUAGCUAAUUUUGAUAUUUAAAAACUGCUGUUCCUAAUUCAUGUGCUUAUUAUGGUUUUCCUUUUGUAU